AACUAUAAUAAAUGAGUAUUUUUUUAUAUUUUUUUUGUAAAUGGGUCUGGUGAAAAGAAAAAAUAAUUUGGACGUUCAUCUUGAGUGGUUUUAUAAAGAAAAACCUCAUAUUCCUAUUCGUUUUGUUAGGAAAGAUUCAAUAUGUGAAGAAAAGUUGUGUCAAAAUAUUGAAAACAGUAUGGCUUUGACUUAUCCCCAUCAACGUUUUAUCUCAGGACUUCAAUUGUCGAAUCAAUGUGAUGCGGAAAAAAUGGAUUUGGAAUCUGCAAGUAAAAUCUCUUCUGAUUUGAAAAAAGGCUAUGAAUUGCUUACCAGUCUUAAAAAUCAAAGUGAAGAUAUGGAUACGUUAAAUAUAAAUGAUGUAAAUUCUGGGAACCUUCAAUCAGUCGUUUUAAUUGAUUUAACAUGUUCUGAUGAUGAAAAUAAGAAAAAAGAUGAAUAUAUAAAACGAAAAUCCGAGUUUCAUGAUACUCAUAAUCAAAAAAGACAUAAAAGUUCUUGUGGCUCUGAUGGAUUAUGUUUUGAAAUUUUCGAUGAUGUUUAUGGAUCUAGCGAGGUUGAUAAACGAAUUCAAGUACUCGGUUGUGAAAAUAUGAGUACAGAAUUUGAUAGAUUUUUAAAAGAAAACACAAAUUUUAUAUUGAAUUGUAAUUUUUCCAUUAGCAAAUUUAGAAAUAAUUCUAAUUUAAUAAAAUUAGCUUCUUCUAAAGAUUUUUUUUUUAAAUCUUUAGCUUCUGACGAUUUGCUAUGUCUUUUGAAUAUUUAUGAAAAAUUAAAUGUUUCUCAUAAAUAUGAAAAGACUAUUUUAGAGGAACUUCUUAAAAUCGCUUCUAAUUCUCCUGUAUCGUUAAUAAAUAAAAAUAAAUUAUUAGAACAAAGGAAAGAGAUACAAUUAAGGAUACUGGAAUUAGAGGAGAUGAUUAAGCGGAAGAUUCAAAAAUCUUUUAAUACUAAUAAUAAUGAUAAAACACUAGGGGAAGGAUCAUCUAAAUUUAAUAAUCAUAUUUCUUUGCUUGCUUCAAAAGAAAGUAAUUCUUUACAUUCACCUGAAAAAUUAGUAAAUACUUUCUCCACAAAUUCUACUUUUGAGUCUCAAGAAUAUGAUUUGUUUUCAGAAGAGAAGGAAAAUGUUGAUGAAUCUAAACAUCUUUUUUUAAAUUCUUGUCAAAAUAAACAGAAUUUAAAAAAAAAAAUAAAUGAUAGUUUUCAAAAUUCUAUAUCUACUGGUGUUGUUCAUGAUGCAGAUACAGAUGAGUUUGAUGAAUUAUAUGGGAUUGAAUGUGAUAGUCCUUUACAGAACUAUAUUGAUAUAGAUUGUGAGGCCAAUAAUGUAUUGGAUUUAAACAAUCAAGGAGAGUUUCAAAAAAAAGUAUCUUCUAAUAUUAUUACUGGUCUUCAAUCUAAAUACUUUGUGCCCCUUAAUGAAUGUGAUAAUAUGUCUAGCAAAAAAUCUUGUUCAGUUGAACAUAGUGACGCAUUGUUAAGUUAUGUUUCUGAAUUUAAAAAAACAGAGCUGUUCCCUGAAAAUUUAUCCUUGACAUCUAAAUCUAAAAUAGGUUAUCCAUGGUUAAAUGAUGUUUUUAUGAUUUUAAAAAAUGUUUUUGGUUUAAAAGAAUUUCGAAAUAAUCAAUUAGAAGCAAUUAAUACAACAUUAAGUGGGAAAGAUUUGUUUUUGCUUAUGCCUACAGGAGGAGGGAAAUCACUCUGUUAUCAGCUUCCUUCAUUGAUUGAUUCAGGGAAAACUAAAGGGUUGACUUUAGUGGUUUCUCCACUUAUAUCUCUUAUGCAAGAUCAAGUGGAGCAUCUUCUUGAUAUUAAUAUUAACUCUGCAUCGAUAAAUGGAGAAACACCUUCUUCCAAGAGAAAAGAAAUAGUGAAAAUGCUCUAUUCUAAUGAUAUAUAUAUAAAAUUGCUUUAUGUUACUCCUGAAUUUUUAGCAAAAAAUAAUUCUUUUAAUCAGGCUUUAGAUCACAUUUAUUCAAAAAAUAAAUUUGCAAGAGUUGUUGUAGAUGAAGCGCAUUGUAUUAGCCAAUGGGGACACGAUUUUCGUCCGGAUUAUAAGCAGCUUGGACAAAUUAAGCAAAAGUAUCAAACCGUUCCAUUCAUUGCUUUAACUGCAACAGCAAAUGAAAUAGUUAAAAAAGAUGUUAUUCAUAAUUUAAACAUUAAUAAUUGUGUGGUUUUAUCUCAGAGCUUCAAUAGACCAAAUAUAUAUUAUAAUGUAGUGGUUCGAAAUAUUUCUGUAUAUUCAGAUAUUCGAGAUAUAAUAACAUCCAAAUAUCCUGGAAAAUCUGGGAUAAUUUAUUGUUUUUCUAGAAAAAAUUGUGAGGAUACUGCACGUAAAUUUCGUGAUAAAUAUCAUAUGAAAAUUCAUCAUUAUCAUGCAGGAAUGACUAAUAAAGAAAGGUCACAAGUACAAAAGGACUGGAAAAAAGGGAAAUAUCAUAUUAUAGUUGCAACUAUAGCUUUUGGAAUGGGAAUUGAUAAGUCUGAUGUUCGCUUUGUAAUUCAUUUAUUUCUUCCAAAAUCUUUAGAAGGUUAUUAUCAAGAAACAGGUAGAGCUGGAAGAGAUGGAAAUAUUGCUGAAUGUUGGCUGUUUUAUAACUAUAAAGAUAAAGCAAAAAUAGAGAGAAUGAUUGAUAAAGGAGAUGCUAGUUGGACCCAAAAAAAUCGUCAAAAGGCUUCUUUGCAUCUUGUAUUGCAAUUUUGUGAAAAUAAAGUCGAUUGCAGACGAAAACAGUUAUUGGCAUAUUUUAAUGAGAAGUUUUCUGAGAAAGAGUGUAAUCAAACAUGUGAUAAUUGUAGAGAAAGCACAAUUGUUGUAAAGAAAGAUAUGUUUGAUAUGGGGAAAGAAGUCGUAAAAAUUGUCCUUGCUGUUCAAGAAAAUAAAUUUACUAUAUUGCAGUGUAUAGAUGUUUUUCGAGGAAUAAAAAAUACUAAAGUUGUUAAUUUUGGUUAUGAAGCAUUACCUUCGUUUGGAUCUGGUUCUUCAUUAUCAAGAUUAGAUGCUGAAAGACUUUUUCACGUUCUUAUUUUUGAUGAUAUUAUAAAAGAAGUGAGCGAUGUUACUAAAAUGGGGUUUGUUGUAACAUACGUUCAAAUCGGUAAGAAUGGGAUGGCUUUUUUAAAUGGAAACAGAAACCUUUUUAUGUCGUUUAAGCCUUCUAACUCGAAUUUAUUUUGUCAAAGGCUUUCAUCAAAUCAAAAAAUAACUAAAUCCUCAUCGAAUAUAUCUUGUAUUCGGAAGUUAAAGACAAAUAGGAAACAUUUUGAAUCGGGAUAUUCUAGAAUUGUACCUAUUUCUAAUCUAAAAAAGGAUUGAUUUCACUGUUUUGAAGUAAUACCAAAUAAAUUUUCAAAGUU